AUGGAGAAAUUAGAGGAACGUAUAGUACUCAUACUAUGUAAGUUUGAAAAGAUCUUUCCUCCAGCCUUCUUCGAUGUGAUGGUUCAUUUGGCCAUUCACUUGCCACGUGAGACUAUUCUCGGAGGACCUGUGCAAUAUCGGUGGAUGUACCCGAUUGAAAGGUAUAGAUUAUGUUGUGUGCCUAACCAUACUCCUAAUUGGUUAUCCACUAUCUGGCACGUGCAUGGGGAACCCCGUGAAUCAAACGAGGCUUAUCAUCAUGAUAUACCCGUUGAGGGCAAUGAGGUUUUGGGAGGUAUUGAUGCCUUAGUGGAAGAUCGAAUAAGAGGGGAAUCAACUAAUACAACUCAAGAGGAGGAGGUUCGCACUUUUGAUAAAUUAUUGAAUGAUGCCAAACGUGAGGUGUACCCAGGUUGCACAAAUUACACUUUGUUACAGUUUGUCAUCGAGAUACUUAAUAUGAAGGUAACAAACCAUUGGAGUAAUAAGUCAGUUGACAUGAUGCUAGAGUUUUUAACAAAACUUUUACCGAAGGAUAAUUUGGUUCCAAAGUCAACUUAUGAAGCUAAAAAAAUACUACGUGAAUUGGGUUUGUCAUACGAGCUCAUUGAUGCUUGUGUAAACGAUUGUGUGCUCUUUUGGAAGGGGAAUGCAACAUUGGAUAAAUGUCCAAAUUGUAAGGCUUCUAGAUACAAGACAAAUCAUGGUAGAGGUAAGAAGAUCUCUCGUAAGGUUCUUCGAUACUUCCCGUUAACACCGAGAUUGAAAAGGUUGUACAUGUCGAGGAAGAGAGCCGAGGAUAUGAAAUGGUUCAAGGAAAAACGUCUAGAUGACGGUGUAUUGAGGCAUCCUGUACAUAGUGAUCAGUGGAAGGAAUUCGAUACACAGCAUCCUGAAUUUGCCUUGGAGCCUCGGAAUGUGAGGCUAGGGUUGGCUACUGAUGGUUUCAACCCUUUCGGAAAUAUGAAUAACUCAUAUAGUUUGUGGCCUGUCGUACUCAUUCCGUACAACUUGCCACCGUGGUUGGCUAUGAAGGACCCAUUUUUCAUGCUAUCAUUACUUAUUCCUGGUGAAUCACAACUAGGAAUUGAUAUUGAUGUCUACAUGAGACCUUUAGUGGAAGAAUUGAAUGAAUUAUGGAAAAAUGGUACAUUAACCUAUGAUGCCUCGACUGGUGAGACUUUCUGCAUGCGUGCAGCUUUGCUGUGGACGAUACAUGAUUGGCCCGCAUUUGGUGACAUUUUUGGAUGGAGAACAAAGGGUCAUUACUCUUGUUACACUUGCAAUGAUGAACCAUAUUUUAAAUCUUUAAGAAGUAAGACUGCGUAUAGUAACCAUCGAUGCUACUUGCCUGAUGACCACCCAGAAAGGCGAAAGAGUAGAGCGUAUAAUGGCAAGCAUGAAAAACGGAAGAGAUCUUUUGUGAUACCGAUAGAAAAGAUUGAAGAACAAUUGGGCAGCGUGACGGGUGUCACAUAUGGAAAACAUCCAAGCAAUAGGAAAAGACCUCGUCAGAACCCAAACUGGACAAAGGUAAGCAUCUUGUAUGAGCUACCGUAUUGGAAGAAAAGAAGGCUUCGACACAACAUUGAUGUCAUGCAUGUGGAGAAGAACUUUAGUGAAAAUGUCUUUGGAACGAUGUUGGGAAUUGAUGGGAAGAACAAGGAUAUAGAUAAGACACGAAUGGAUUUAGAAGAUAUGAAUCUAAGGAAAGAAUUGUGGCUGACAACAAAUCCCGAUGGAUCAUAUGUGAAGCCGCCAGCCAGCUUCUCAUUGACCCCUAAAGAGAGAGAGGGUUUCUUUGAAUUCUUGAAAUCAGUCAAGUAUCCAGAUGGGUACACGGCAAACAUUUCGAGAUCAAUGAAUGCAAAAAAUGAUGGAUUAACAGGAUUGAAAAGCCACGACUGCCAUGUACUUAUACAACGGAUUCUUCCUAUUGGGAUGCGUGGUUACGUAGAUAAAGAGAUCAGUACAACACUUUUUGAGUUAGCCUUCUUCGAUGUGAUGGUUCAUUUGGCCAUUCACUUGCCACGUGAGACUAUUCUCGGAGGACCUGUGCAAUAUCGGUGGAUGUACCCGAUUGAAAGGUUUCUCGGAGCUUUGAAAAAGUUUGUCACCAAUCGAGCUCGACCAGAAGGGAUUGAAACCGUGCAUAAUCGAGAUGCACGAAAUGAAGAUUAUGGAGUCCGUCAUGAAGGUUUGAUAAUACUCACCGAAACUGCUCGUCCUAUUGGCCAAAUCAGAAAGCAUGUUGAGAUGUCACAGGAACUUCGUGAUAUUGCUCAUUGGUUCUUAUUAUACAAUAGCCCUGAGAUAGAGAAGUAUCUUCAGGAACACAAGAAUUUGUUACAAAUUCCCACUGGACAAGAUGUAACUCAGAUACAACAAAAGGAAUUUUCGAAGUGGUUCAAAGAAUAUAUAAAUAGAUUGAGAGUUGAUGAGGCACCAAAAGCAACCGAAGAAUUUUGGUCAUUAGCGAAUGGUCCUAAUUUACUAGUGAAAGAGUACUCGGGUUGUAUAAUCAAUGGUGUAAGAUUCCAUACGAAGGAAUUAGACAAUCAUCGUAAGAGUCAAAACAGUGGUGUGCUUACCGAAGGGGACUACAAGGGAGAGAUGCACGAAUUCUACGGUCACUUGUGCAAUAUUUGGGAAUUUGAGUACAUGUGUCAAAAUAAAGUUGUUUUGUUUCAAUGUGAAUGGUACAACACCGGUAACACUGGUAGAAGUAGAACAGUACGAGCUGACACAUAUUGCACAAGCAUCGAUGUCACAAGCCGAUGGGAUGAUAUUGAAACUGAGGUUAUUUCAAAUAAAACAAAGAUAGAUGGUAGAGAUGACGAAGAAGAUGAAGAACUUGGCAUACUUGAUGAUGAUAUGGAUCUUAAUAUGGAACCUGAUAUGGAUUAUCAUAUGUAG